UUUAUUGUUCCAGGGACAAAAGCGUGAGUGAGAAUCAUAAAAGCAUCGAGAGAUUAAACUACACGGCACAUCAGAGAGACAGAGCGCGAUACGCACACACAUACUCACAUGGGUGGACAGUGGAGUGUAUCUGAAGAAAGAAAGAGAAAUUAGAGCAACAGAGGACAGAAAUCUCUGUGGAGUGGACAAGUGUCUGCACGGCUCUCUCCUGGUGUGGGUUCGGCUCAGCAGUGUCCAUGUUUCCAGUGAAACAGCCGUGGUUGUGUAAAGCGCUAGGUUGCUAUGACUGCUGCAUCCGCUGCCUGGGCGCCGUGCCCUACACCAGCCUGCUGGCCACCCUGCUCUGCUACACCGGUGUGGCACUCUUCUGUGGGGGAGGGCAUGAGGCGCUCACUCACACACACACAUUCAUAGAGCUCUACUUCGCAAGGGACGUGCAGGAUUUCAUUGUGCUGGCAGACUUUAUAAAAUAUUUCCAGUAUGUGAUCUACGGUCUGGCCUCCUUCUUUUUCCUCUAUGGAUUGUUGCUGUUGGCUGAAGGUUUUUACACCACCAGUGCAGUAAAGCAGACGUUCGGAGAAUUCAGGAGCACCCAGUUCGGGCGCGGCCUCAGCCUGACUCUGAUAAUCCUGACAUACAUUCUCGCGGUGAUCUGGCUGGUUGUCUUUGGCUUCACUGCCGUUCCCGUGCUCUUCUUCAUUAAUAUGAAAAGCUCCUGUCACAGAGUCAACAUUCUGUCGGAAACCACCUUGUUCAACCAGCAAUCAAGAGUCUGCAUGGACGCACGGAUGUAUGGGUUUCUUCCCUGGAAUGCUGUGCCCGGGAUUGUUUGUGGAAAUACACUGGCCAACAUCUGCAAAACACCAGAGUUCCACAUGACCCAUGACCUUUACAUCUGUGCAUUUGCUGGAGCAGUAAUCACCCUUCUUGCCCUGUUCAUUUAUGUGGUUGCCACCACCUACAACUACGCUAUUCUAAGGUUUCUCGGAAGGAAGGGAAUCCGUUGCUAGGUUCGGUGUUGCUAGGCCCGCUUUCCUGUUGCCUGUUGCAGCGGUAUCAGUGGUGUCAUCACUGUGGCCCGUGAGGAAACGCAAGAGAGUGCCAUGAAGCCCCUGCAGAGGUCUAUCAUACAGAGUACAACACACACACACACACUAGUGAGACAAAUAAGUACAAACCUCACUAAAGAACACUGAUUAAUGGGAAAAAAUACAUUGAAGCCCUACACAUUAAACCACAAACUACUGUACUGUAGAUCUCUGGAGGAGUGGAAUCUAGCUUCUCUAUUUCUUCAUUUGUAUUUUCUCUCUGUCUUUGUCACACACACAUUAUCAUACCGCUCUCUCCUUUCUCUCACGGCCAUUUAUUCAUUUUAAUGAUUGUAUUCAUUGUCACUUCAUGGUCAUAUUAAUGCCUUGCAGUUUGCUAGGAUUUUAGCUUCUCUCUUUCUCACUUUUCAUCUUUUUGAGAGAGUUUGACUUGUUUCCUCAGUCAGUUGUUGGUUUAUAUUCUGAGACGCACAGAGAAACAGCACUGAAGUGAGCAGAUUUCUUUCUGUCAAUUUGAAUUCAGUAUUUAAAGACACUCUUAGUGUCAGUGUGUAUUUGUUGUAUAUUUUGACUAACUGUGGCAAUAUGCUGAACCUGUUCAAUGAUGGUGCUCGAUCAAAGGAACUAAUGUUUUUUUAUUGUUCUAGCUCAUUUUAGAAAACUACAAAUAUUUCUAGUCAGAUUGAUAACUGUAAAUGAUUCAUAAAAAUAAUGCAAACUAAAAUGAAUUUACAUAAAAUUGUGUGUUGACUUCAUAGAAACUCAUGCAAUAAACUUUAAUGAAAGAUGA